AGAAACAACAAGCCGCCAUUUUGUUUGUGCGGACAGACCGUCAGAGACGGGAGGAGAUACCGAGACACCGAGAGACUCCGGGAACCGACUGCAGCUGAUCCGGGACCCGCCGGAGAGCCGAGAGAGAGAGAGUCCGGUAGAGUCCACCAGAGACGGGAAGCAUCGCAGAGAAGACCCGAAGAGGGACCGAGGAGGAGAGAAGGAAACACCGAGGGAUCCAAGGAAGGAGAGAGGAGGCGGAAGAGGGCAAGAUCCGAUCUGAACCAGGAAAACCUGCGAGAACAGAGACCACAUCAGCAUGAAGACCCAGUCUGAGUCCCUCUCUGAGGACGGGGGGAGCCCGCAGAGACCUUUAUCUAAAUAAAGUGCUGCCGGGCAGAAGGAGAGGGGGAGAGGGUCUACAGAGAAGAGGGGGGCUUUCUCCAUCACAAAGACCCGAUCGGAGCCUUUCUCAGACCCAGAUCUCUCCAAGGGGGGUGUCAGCAGGGUGGUUCCGACCUGAAGCUCUGUGCUCCUCUAAAAGCCAGAACCAGAGAGCCCCACACGGACAGAGUCAUCCGGUUCCUGCUGGACUCCGGGUCUCCUGCAUGGCACACAGAUCUCAGGAGCCCAGACUGACAGGUUUAAAUCCAGACUACUCUGAGUCCUCUAUCUGAGGGUUUAAGUGCUAAAACCGAGAGAAACCUCCACCAGAGCCCAGGAGGAGUGACCCCACACAAGAACUGAUCCAUCUGAUCGAUCUGAUCCACCGGAUCCACCACGAGCUGUGAUCUAACGAGCAGCAGUCCAGCAGAAGAACCCCAGUCUGCAUCUGGAUCGAUCCCCCCUGAGAGGUGGUCUCUGCCAGUCCUGCUGCUGAGGCUCACCGUGCAGAAGAGGAAGGGGGGGGGCAACACGAGUCCGCCGGUCCUGGUCCUGACCCAGUGCCUUCAUGGUCUCAGAUCACACAGCAUGCUCAUGCAGAGGGAGACUCCUGCAUGCUCAGAAACAUCCAUAGGAGACCAAGACCAAUCCGAGUCUCUGUGAGUCCUCAUCUCUCUACAGACCUUCAUUCAGACUCUAGUUUUUCUCAGAGUCCACCUCCUGCAUUAGUCCUCCUUCUGCAGGGGUCCACGCACACGGGGACUCCACCCGGUGUGUGCAGGUGUAGAGGAGUCUGUGGCCUUCAGGGGGGACAUGAGUCCUCAGGUGAGAGAGACCCUGAUCUCUGCUGCAUGAGAGCUGGAAGACCGAACCCUGCUGUGGAUCCGAGUCCUCUACAGAGACCCUGAGCAGGUUACACAGGUGGAUUUCUCCGCUCAGCAUGGCGGACCGGACUGAGUGCAGCACGGAGGACGGGUCCUGGGAUGGUUUCUGUGUCUGUGAGGAGACCACAUGAGGUUUUCAGAGCACGCUCGCCUUUCUUACCGACUCCACCUUCCCACCUCCUCCUGAUCUGUGAAGAGCCCAGACCUCGGACCGGGGAGGGGGUGAGACCUGCAGAGAGGACACACCGAGAGGAAGAACCGAGACUUCAACACGUCUGUCUUCCCCCUGCCGUCCCCCGCUCGGUGGGGGAACAUCAGGACCAGGUCCGAGACUAAAUAAGGAACUGGUUUUCCCUCCCAGGAUUUACAGAUCUUUAGAUCUGGACUGAAAUAUGGCCGAUAAUGUCCUGGAGUCCGGCCCGCCUUCAGCCAAGAGGCCCAAGCUGUCCUCCCCGGCCCUGUCUGUGUCUGCCAGCGAUGGAAACGAUUUCGGCUCCCUCUUUGACCUGGAGCACGACCUCCCAGACGAGCUCAUCAGUUCCUCGGACCUCGGACUGACGAAUGGAGGGGACGCCAGCCAGCUCCACACCAGCCUCGGAGGUCUCACGGGAGGACUUGGUUUGGGAGGACAGGAUGCGGCUGCGAAACACAAACAGCUGUCUGAACUAUUACGGGCCGGAGCGCCUGCACAGCAGGGGGGCCCUACUUCCAACAGCACUGCACCUGGGGCUUCCAUGGGGAUGAUGGGUCCUGGUGGACCUCAGGGCAUGGCCCCCCAGCAGCAGCAGCCUGGACUAAUGCAGCAGGUUGGGAUGGUUGGAGGUGUGGCUGCCAUGAGCCGGGCAGCUGCUAUGAUGGGUGCUCAGAAGGCGAACACUGGACCGCAGCAGCAAGGCCUGAUGGGGGGGCAGGUCAUGAACGGAUCACCCAGGAUGGGGUACCCCGGCAGCGCAGGGAUGGGCAACAACAGUAACAUGUCGGCAGACAGCCUGCAGCAGCAACAGGGGGGACAGACCAUGGGACCUGGAGGUCACGCAGGGAUGAGACCACAGCAGCCUGGAGCACUGAACAAGAUGAAUAUGAUGGCCAACGCGGGCCCCUAUGGCGGUCCGUACGGCCAGUCUGCGGGUCAAGGUCUCCCUGGAGCAGGGCUGGGCCCACAGCUCCAGAAUAAGGCCGGUCUACAGAACAAUAUGGCCGCCCAGUUCAGCUUGGAGAAGAAGGCUCCGGGUCAGGGGAUGACCGGGAUGCAGCAGCCCGGAGCGGUUGGAGGCGUGUCCCUUGGUGGAGCAGCAGCAGUAGGAGGGCCCCAGGUUGGGCUCAGCGCCAUGGGGGCAGGUCCCUGUGCAGCGCCCCCCACCGCAGACCCCGAGAAGCGGAAGCUGAUCCAGCAGCAGCUGGUCCUGUUGCUCCACGCGCACAAGUGCCAGCGGAGGGAGCAGGCCAACGGGGAGGUGCGGCAGUGCAACCUGCCUCACUGCCGCACCAUGAAGAACGUGCUCAAUCACAUGACUCACUGCCAGGCCGGCAAGUCCUGCCAGGUGGCUCACUGUGCCUCGUCCAGACAGAUCAUCUCUCAUUGGAAGAACUGCACGCGACACGACUGUCCUGUCUGCCUGCCGCUGAAGAACGCCGGGGACAAGAGGAACCAGCAGGCUCUAGUGAACAGUGCCGGUCUGAUGAACUCUCUGGGUCCUGGUGUUCCUGGAGGACAGUCUAACUCGCCCAGCCUGAACCCUCCAAACCAGAUCGACCCCAGCUCUAUAGAGCGGGCGUACGCUGCGCUCGGCCUCACGUACCAGGGGAACCAGAUCCCUCAGUCUCCUCAGAACAACGUGCAGAACCAGGGUCUGCAGGGCCAGGCGGGGAUGAGGUCUCUUAACAGCAUGGGAGGAAACUCUCUGGGAGUGAACGGUGGCGUGCAGUCGCCCGGCCAGCAGUCCAACCUGCUGCCGAACGCCAUGAUGCACAACAGCAUGAGCGCUCAGAGCUUGAUGAACGAUACUUUAGGGAGCCUGGCCUCGAUGCCCAUGGCGGCUCCUCCCUCAGCUGCAGGCAUGAGGAAGUCCUGGCACGAAGACAUCACGCAGGACCUCCGUAACCACCUCGUCCACAAGCUCGUGCAGGCCAUCUUCCCCACCCCGGAUCCAGCGGCCCUGAAGGACCGGCGGAUGGAGAAUCUGGUGGCCUACGCUCGUAAAGUAGAGGGGGACAUGUAUGAGUCGGCCAACAGCAGAGCCGAGUAUUACCACCUGCUGGCAGAGAAGAUCUACAAGAUCCAGAAGGAGCUGGAGGAGAAGAGGAGGACGCGGCUCCAGAAGCAGGGAAUGAUGCCGGGCCAGUCUGGCUUGGCCUCCCCGGGCCUCCCACAGGUGCCUCCAAGCCUUGGACAGCCUCCCAUGAACCCCGGGCCUCCCCCCAAUGGUCCACACGCAGAUCCGUCCAUGGUCCGACCAACUGGACCCAAUCAGAUGGUCAGCAGGAUGCAGAGCCCUGCAGGGAUGAACCAGUUCGGUCAGAUGGGGAUGCCGUCGAUGGGUCAGAGGUUGACGCCUCCUCUUCCCCAGAAUUCUUCAAUGAACCAGAUGGGGAUGGGAGCACCAAGGAUGGGUCAGCCAAAUGCCACACAGUUACAGAACCAGUACAUCCCUUCAGGCCAGUUCCCCGGGUCCAGUCCAGGACGAGGUUCUGGUCCCAUUGGCAUGAACCAGCCGGGGGCCCAGGCUCCUGUCCCGCCGCAGAAUCAGAUGUCGACACCCCCCUCGCUCCCGGCCAGCAGCCCUGCAGCCCAGUCGGCCUCCUCUGCUCCAGGUCCAGGGGCCCCCGGAGGCUCCAUGGGGCCCGGUAGUGCCGGCGGUGCUGGUCCUUUAAGUAACCUCCCUCCCUCAUCCACGCCCACGCAGCCUAACUCCUUCCCUCACUGCACGCCACUACGCACCAACUCCCCCUCACCUGCCCGCAGUUCAACGCCUCAGCCUCAUCAGACGCCGCCCACGCUACCCCGCUGUCAGACCCCACAGCCACAGACGCCCGGCACACCACAGCUGCCCACACAACAACAACAACAACAGCUGCCCCCACAACAACAGCAACAGCAGCAGCAGCAGCAACAGCAGCAGCAGCAGCAGCAGCAACAGCAGCAGCAGCAGCAACAACAGCAGCAGCAGCAGCAGCAGCAGCAACAACAACAACAACAACAACAACAACAACAAGCUCCACAGCAGCAGCAGCAGCCGUCGGGGAAGACAGGGAACUCGGAGAAGACCAAUCAGCUUCCUCAGCAGAUGCUUGGGGGUGUGGCUUCCUCAGCCCCCCAAGCAGGUCAGGUGCCUACCCAGAAUGCUCAUGUGCCAUUGCAGCGGCCGCAGACUCCGCUGUCCCCAAAACCCUCUCUGACUGCAGACGGCCAGGUCUCGUCUCCGGCUUCGGUCAACAGCAGCUCAGAUCCCAGCUCCCAGCUCGCCGAGGACGGCCCCGCUCCUAGCGAGGACAUCAAGAUGGAAGUGAAGAAGCAGGAGGAAGAGGAUGAGGAGGAGGAGGAGGGCGACAGCCAAGACGAGGGAAAGGGGAAGUCAGGGAAGGGUCAGACGGACGUGAAGAAGGAGGAGAAGCCCGAGAUAAAGAAAGAGAAGGCCUCGGGUGACGGGUGUAAAGGCGAGCCCAUGGAAACGUCUUUGUCCUCUGUGACAUCAUCGGUGGCGUUGGGUGAAGACAAGAAGCCGGAGGUGAAGAAGGAGCCUAAAGAGGAAGAGGAGGGGUCAGGGUCGACAGCCAGCGGCUCCCCGGCCAGCGCCCAGAGCAAGAAGAAAAUCUUUAAGCCGGAGGAGCUGCGUCAGGCGUUGAUGCCCACCCUGGAGGCUUUGUACCGGCAGGACCCUGAGUCCCUGCCCUUCCGUCAGCCGGUGGACCCCCAGUUACUGGGAAUACCCGUACGUAUUCGAACUAGUAACAAAACUAACCUGCAGGACUACUUUGACAUCGUGAAGAACCCGAUGGACCUGUCCACCAUCAAGAGGAAGCUGGACACGGGUCAGUACCAGGAGCCGUGGCAGUACGUGGACGAUAUCUGGCUGAUGUUCAACAACGCCUGGCUCUACAACCGCAAAACCUCCCGGGUCUACAAGUACUGCUCCAAGCUGGCCGAGGUGUUCGAGACGGAGAUCGACCCGGUCAUGCAGGGCCUGGGUUACUGCUGCGGGAGGAAGUUCGAGUUCUCUCCACAAACUCUCUGCUGCUACGGGAAACAACUCUGUACCAUCCAACGAGACGCCGCCUACUACAGCUACCAGAACAGUUCACCAAAAUAUGGGCUUCUUGCUGACAGGUACCACUUCUGUGAGAAGUGUUUCAACGAAAUCCAAGGAGAGAGCGUUUCCCUGGGAGACGACCCAUCCCAGCCGCAGACGUCCAUCAACAAGGAGCAGUUCCAGAGGAAGAAGAACGACACCCUCGACCCCGAGCUACUCGUGGAGUGUAACGACUGCUGUCGUAAAAUGCAUCAGAUCUGUGUCCUGCAUCAUGACACCAUCUGGCCUUCAGGCUUCGUUUGUGACAGCUGCCUCAAAAAGGCCAACAAGACGCGGAAAGAGAACAAAUACGCAGCAAAAAGACUCCCUCAGACAAAGCUGGGCUGCUACUUGGAGACACGAGUGAACGACUACCUCAAGCGGCAGAGCCACCCGGAGUCUGGUGAGGUCACGGUCCGUGUGGUCCACGUCUCAGACAAGGUGGUGGAGGUCAAACCGGGCAUGAAGUCCAGGUUCGUGGACAGCGGCGAGAUGUCCGAGUCCUUCCCGUACAGGAUGAAAGCGUUGUUUGCGUUUGAAGACAUCGACGGAGCAGACGUGUGUUUUUUCGGCAUGCACGUCCAAGAGUACGGAUCCGACUGCCCGCCCCCCAACCAGAGACGAGUCUACAUCUCUUACCUGGACAGCGUGCACUUCUUCAAACCACGACACCUCAGGACCGCCGUCUACCAUGAGAUCCUGCUGGGGUACCUGGAGUACGCCAAGAGGCAGGGGUACACAACGGGUCACAUCUGGGCCUGCCCGCCCAGCGAGGGGGACGACUACAUCUUCCACUGUCAUCCCCCCGACCAGAAGAUCCCCAAACCAAAGCGCCUGCAGGAGUGGUACAAGAGGAUGCUGGACAAGGCCGUGUCUGAGCGCAUCGUCCACGACUACAAGGACAUCUUCAAGCAGGCCACCGAGGACAGACUGACCAGCGCCAAGGAGCUGCCGUACUUUGAGGGCGACUUCUGGCCCAACGUGCUGGAGGAGAGCAUCAAGGAGCUGGAGCAGGAGGAGGAGGAGAGGAAGAGGGAGGAGAACAGCACCUCCAACGAGAGCACAGACGCCACUAAAGGAGACAGCAAGAACGCCAAAAAGAAGAACAACAAGAAGACGAGCAAGAACAAGAGCAGCCUGAGCCGAGCCAACAAGAAGAAACCGGGCAUGCCCAACGUCUCCAACGACCUCUCACAGAAGCUCUACGCCACCAUGGAGAAACACAAAGAGGUCUUCUUCGUCAUCCGCCUCAUCGCCGUCCCCUCCUCCAACUCGCUGCCUCCCAUCACGGACUCUGACACCCUGAUGGCCUGCGACCUGAUGGACGGCCGGGACGCCUUCCUGACGCUGGCUCGGGACAAACACCUGGAGUUCAGCUCUCUGCGGCGCUCCCUGUGGAGCUCCAUGUGUAUGCUGGUGGAGCUUCACAACCAGAGCCAGGACCGCUUCGUCUACACCUGCAACGAGUGUAAACACCACGUGGAGACGCGCUUCCACUGCACCGUGUGCGAGGACUACGACUUGUGCAUCACCUGCUACAACACCAAAGGUCACGAGCACAAGAUGGACAAGCUGGGGCUGGGGCUGGACGACGACAGCAACAACCAGGCGGCAGCGGCCACUCAGAGCCCCGGGGACUCUCGCCGCCUCAGCAUUCAGCGCUGCAUCCAGUCUCUGGUCCACGCGUGUCAGUGCCGCAACGCCAACUGCUCCCUGCCAUCCUGCCAGAAGAUGAAGCGAGUCGUGCAGCACACCAAGAGCUGCAAGCGGAAGACCAACGGAGGCUGUCCCAUCUGCAAGCAGCUCAUCGCUCUGUGCUGUUACCACGCCAAACACUGUCAGGAGAACAAGUGCCCCGUCCCCUUCUGCCUCAACAUCAAGCAGAAGCUCCGUCAGCAGCAGCUGCAGCACCGCCUGCAGCAGGCCCAGAUGCUGAGGAGGAGGAUGGCCAGUAUGCAGCGGGCGGGGCAGCCUGCAGGGGGGCCACCCGGAGGACCCCUUCCAGGACUUCCCUCACCCGGGAACAACGGUACAACGGCACCCAGCACCCCGACUUCUGUUGGAACACAACCCCCAACGCCCCAGACCCCGACUCAGACUAUGCCUCCUGGUCCCCAGCAGGGUCUGGGUCCUGGUCCUGGGGUCCAGCAGCAGCAGCAACAAGGUGGGAUGCCCUCACAAGGGGGAAUGCCUCAUCAGCACCCGCUCCAUCACCAGUACCAGUCGAUGGCAGGCGGAGGAGGCGGGGUAGGGGGCAUGAUGAGCUCUCCUCAACAUCAACAGCAGAUGCAUCCUCAGGUCCAGCAGCAGCAAAGUGGAGUAAUCCCUCAACAGCUCCAACAGCACCCCACCAAUCUGCCUCCAUACACCGGGAGACCCCCAGGCUCCUCCCCCCUCCAUCAGUCCCAGGGGAAACCGGUCCUCGGCUCUGCAACGCCACCCCAUCAGCAGCAGCCGGGUGGAGCCGUCAUGACUGGAGGCGCUGGAGUGCAACAACCUCCCAACCAGCAGCAGGGACAGACUCCGCUUCCUCAGCAGCAGAACUCCUCGGGACCUCCACCCGCUGCCGUAGAGAUCGCCAUGAAGAUCCAGCAGGUAGCCGACGCCCAGAGGAAGAUGGCUCUGCAGAGACAAGUGGCUGCAGGUAUGAUGCCUUCUCACCCGCACCAUCAGCAGGCUCAGGGUCAGCAGAUGAGCAUGGGACACCCCGGGGCCACCGGGAUGGUCGGACCUCAGGGGAUGCAGCAGAACCCUGCAGCAGUGGCAGCAGCUCGGGCUCACAUGGAUCCACAACCAGGGGCUCCAGCAGGGAUGAUGGUCGGCCCCGGUGGUCCCAUGCAGCCGCCCCCUCAGCAGGGUAACCUUCCCCCGGGCCAGCUUCCUCCUCAAGUCCAGCUUCAGCAACAGAGGAUGGGGACUCCGCUCCAGAACGCUCAGCAGCAGCAGCAGUGGGCGGGGGGGCAGGGGAUGCCCCCCCAGCAGAGACAAGCCAUGAUGAACCAGAUGAACCAUCCGGCCAUGAUGGCAGCUCAGCAGCAGCAACAGCAGCAGCAGCAGCAGCAGCAGCAGAUGCAGCAGCACCAACAGGCUCAGGGCCACGCUGCGCUGCUGAACAUUACCCAGCAGCAGCAGGCUGCAGGAGGGGGGGUCCAAGGGGUCCCUGGAGCCGCCAUUGUCCAAGGGAUCGGGGCUGCUGGUGGAAACAUCCCCCAGGCCGCCCUGCAGGAUCUGCUACGGACUCUCCGCUCCCCAAGCUCACCGCUGCAGCAACAGCAAGUCCUCAACAUCCUACGCUCCAACCCCCAGCUGAUGGCUGCGUUCAUCAAACAGCGGGCCUCCAAAUACAAGGGGGGCCCCGGGGGACCGGGGGGUGUCCCUGGAAAUGUCCCCGGAGGUCCUGGUCCAGCAGGGGGCCCGGGUGGAAACGUUAUGACAGGUGGCCCCCAGGUGAACAUGAAUGCUUCAGGUCCAGGUCAGCCCGGGAUGCACAUGGGAGGUCAGGGGGGCCAGAACGUCAACAUGGCAACUAUGGCUCAGCUGCAGCAGGCGCAGCAGCAACAGCAACUACAGCAGCAGCAACAACAACAGCAACUACAACAGCAGCAACAACAACAGCAACUACAACAGCAACAACAACAACAGCAACUACAACAGCAGCAACAGCAGCAACAACAACUACAACAGCAGCAGCAACUACAACAGCAACAACAGCAACUACAGCAGCAGCAGCAGUUGCAGCAGCAGCAGCAGAGGCCCAUGCUCAGCAGCUUACAGCAGCAGCAGGUGGCAGCUCUGCAGCAGCAACAACAGCAACAGCAACAGCAACAAGGGGGGGUCAGGAGCAUGCAGGGCCAGGGGCCACAGAUGGGGAACCUGAACAGUCCUCAGUUCAGAGAGCUGCUAAUGAGACGGCACCUGCAGCAGCAGCAGCAGCAACAGCAGCAGCAGCAGCAGCAGCAGCAGAUGAAUCACGGGCAGUUCCAGCAGCCGCAGCCUCCUCAAGGGCAGCAGAACUACAUGGGUCAGCCUGGCAUGCAGCCUCCUCCCGGGGGUCAAGGACCCCCCUCAGGACCCCCUAUGGGCCCUCAGCAGCCUCAGCUUGGCCAGCAGGGUCAGGGUUACCCCGGCUCUGCGGCCCAGCAGCAGGCCACGGCUGCGCUCCAGCAGAGACUCCAGCACCAGCACCACCUGCAGAUGCAGCAGCAGCAGCAGAACGCCAUGUCGGGUCUGCCAGGGGGGGAGCAGGGGCCGGGUGGAGGUCCUCAGCAGCCCCCUCAGGGCCCUCAGCCCAAUCAGGGUGGCCCCACACAAUCCUCUCAGGCUCUGCUCCAGCAGGCACUCCACCAGAGGCUGCUCCAGCAGCAGCAGCAGCACCUGGGCCCCGGGGGGUCACCGGCCCACAGCAACCCCAUGAGCCCCCAGCAGCCCCAGCAGAUGGCCCAGUCCCCCCACCCGCACCUGCAGGGCCAGACUCUGCCAACCUCGCUCGCAAACCAGGUCCGGUCGCCGCAGCCUUCACCCAGACCCCAAUCGCAGCCGCCACACUCCAGCCCGUCCCCUCGCAUGCAGCCCCAGCCCUCCCCGCAUCACAUCUCCCCCCAGAUGCAGACGGGGUCUCCACACCUGAACCAGCACCACCCGGGCAUGGUGGUCCCCCCACAGCAGCCGACGGCCCAGCAGCCUCAGAACUCUAUGGAUCAGUUCGGCUCGGAUCAGAGCGCCAUGCUGUCUCAGCUGAGCGGCAUGGCGGGUCUCCACGGGCAGGGGGGGAACAGUCAGGACCCGCUGGGCCAGAAUCUAAACCACAACCCUCUGGACAUCAUGUAGGAGGUCUAAGUGUCAAAGUGAGCCCCGAGGCUCCGGAUCCUUCGCACAAACUGCACUCGCCCCGGACAGUGUUACUGUUAGCGGUUAGCGGUUAGCUAGCCUUGUUUUGAUACGUUAUUUAAUGUUUCAGAUGAACUUCCUGCGACUCCAACAAUAAUUCAAGUCCUUAUGAACCUAGAAGAAAUGUAACUUAUUGCUGUUAAUAUAUUUUUUUGCCAAUCGUGGACGCAGAGGGGGGGCGUUCCUCCGCCCGCCCCCCUUCUCCUCCACCUCUUGCUGAAAAUGAGAAGCAGAUAUUUUUGGGGUUUUCAGGGGAAAUCGGACUAAAUGCCUUUUUAAAGAGAAGUUUUUAAGAUUUACGUGGCGUGGAGGAUUAAAGAGGAUUUAAUGCAAAGAACUUUUUUAUUCUUUCCUUCCGUCUGUCCUGCAGAGAGGAUCAUACUCAUCAUAUCUUCGUUUCACCGUCUGGCUCUGCUUAUUUAUUCUUUGGGUCUGAACGGAGACGGUUCCUAUAGAAUCUAUUUUUGUUAUGGACUGAGGGGGGGCCAUGUUUCACUUUAUACGUCUGUCCAGGCGGAGACCAAGCCUCAGUGUUUUCUGGCAGCGGUUGAGGGUUUGUUGAGUCGGACUCGUCCUCACGACUCACCGGCUCCGGUUCAGGACUCGGAUCGUGCGGUUCUGGACUCUGAUCGUGCUGGAAGAGACUCUUCCCUCGCAAACAUGCAAACCCUCUCCCUUGAAUGUGUGUGCACUCCCUCCUUUACAGACACCUCACGGAGCAGCGGAGGCUUGGGGAGGGGGCUGCGUACCUGUGUGCCUGUAACGUGUGGAGGACAUGGGUCGGGGCGUCCUGGGCGGGCGGCCUCCUUGUAGUGUUUUUAGGAUCCUCCUGUUUGGUCCAAACAGAGGAGUUUUGAUCCAAAUGAACUGUGUUGCACAGAAAGGAGGAGAAAGGAGAUCUGAGCAUGCUCAGUCUGUCUCCUGUCCUCCUCGUCCCCUUUGCUGCUUCCCCUGGACUUUAAAUCCCUCCCCCCUCCUCCUCCUCCUCCCCCGGGGGAAGAUGUUCUCCCUCCCUUCAAACUCCAUCCUCUCUAUCUUUCUGCUAAGACCUUUGGGAGUUUAAUUUAAUAUUUUUUACUGUACAAAGAAACACAAACUGUGGACUCAAAUACUGUUUUUUAUAAUAAAAUGAAAAUUACCAACAUGA